AUAUUAAUCAAAAAUUGUAUAACCUCAAAUAUUCCUGACUAAUUUAGCAAAGUUAUAGUGUAAUUGCACAUAGCAAUGGCGUACAAUUAUAGUGGAAUGCCAGAUCAACAAUUUCUUUGGGAUGUUUUUCAAAGAGUGGACAAAGAUAGCAGUGGUCAUAUAUCGGCAGAUGAGCUACAAGUGGCCCUUUCGAAUGGUACAUGGUCUGCAUUUAAUCCGGAAACUAUCCGUUUGAUGAUUGGAAUGUUUGAUCGUGAAAAUAGAGGGACUGUGUCCUUUCAAGAUUUUGGAGCUUUGUGGAAGUAUGUGACGGAUUGGCAAAACUGUUUUCGUUCCUUUGAUCGAGACAACUCUGGAAACAUUGACAAAACUGAACUGAAAACAGCACUGACAUCAUUUGGUUAUCGUUUAUCUGACCAUCUAAUCGACGUUUUACUUCGAAAAUUUGAUCGCUUUGGACGUGGUACAAUCCUUUUUGAUGAUUUUAUUCAAUGUUGUAUUGUACUAUACCUUUCCCCUGAUCAAACAUCAUCAGAUGUAUUAUCUUAUAUAAAAGAUAAAACAACAGAAAUGCAAAUAAUGCUAUAUUCGAGUUCCCCGACUAUCUGUUACUCGUUGCUAGAGAAGGAAGGAGGGACUUCAACACUGACAGUUUUUGGAGACGUUAACAACUGCGUUCCGCCAGCACGACACUGACAUGGAUGGGAUCAUAACCAUACAUUACGAACAGUUUUUAAGUAUGGUAUUUUCGUUAAAAAUAUAGUGUUAAAUAAUCUAAGCUAAAUAAAUAUGUUUAUUUGUUUGACCGA